CGUCAGUUGCAAGAACAUUUGUCGCCACCGCCGGGAUUCGAAUCCGGGACCUAUUCAACCACAGUCAGACGCGCUGACCACGAGGCUAACCUGGCCGGCCGGAAUUUCUUAUUCUCUCCAUACCAUACGGUACCCCUGAAUAUUUCGCUCGUUCGCAAAUUUUGCUCACAAUAUUCGAAAUUUUUUCUGUUCAGGAUUCUACAUGGAUCAAUCCGAAUUCAAAUGCACAUCCGAAGGAGGACUUAGCGCUCCUGAAGACAGGAUCCCAGAGAUUUCUACAGGCAGAAUAAGUGUGAAGGAUUCACAGGACAUUAUCCCGGAGGUUGGUAACACUAUAUUCAUAAAGUGUGAGUUAACUGAACCGGAAGCAGAAUCUGCAUAUGACACGGAAUUUGCCUCUCAUACACCUUGCCAUGUGAAAACUGAAAUUGGAACUUCUCCAAGUGAAGAAAAAAAGUCAGUUGAACACUUCAAUAGCGCCUCGUGUUCCUCCAAUUCUCUCAUUGGUCAUUCCAUCACGAUAAAAUCGGAAGGAGACAAUGAAAAUGAAAAUUGGAGCGACCAGUUACAUACCAGUAUUGAGAUUAAAAACGAAGACCCUCUUAAGACUGACAGCUAUGAAUGCACUUACGUAACGGAAGAUAGAGAACACGAUUUUGAAAAUGAGAUUCAAAAUCAUAUGCCAACCACGACAUGCAAACCGCUCAGUUGCAAUCGUUGCUCGGCCGGUUUUGCGAUAAAAGGUACUUUAAAAACGAACAUGCGAACACAUACCGGUGAGAAACCAUUUGCUUGCAGCCAUUGCCCGGCUUGUUUCGCUAGAAAAGGAAAUUUAAUACAACACGUGCGAACACAUACCGGUGAGAAACCAUUUACUUGCAGCCAGUGCUCGGCCCCUUUUGCUCAGAAACAACAUUUAAAACGCCACAUGCGAACACAUACCGGUGAGAAACCAUUUACUUGCAGCCAGUGCUCGGCCCGUUUUGCUCAGAAACAACAUUUACAACGCCACAUGCGAACACAUACCGGUGAAAAACCAUUCACUUGCAGCCAUUGCUCGGCUUGUUUCGCUACAAAAGGAAAUUUAAAACAACACAUGCGAAAACAUACCGGUGAAAAACCAUUCACUUGCAGCCAUUGCUCGGCUUCUUUCGCUAGAAAAAGAAAUUUAAAAAAACACAUGCGAAAACAUACCGGUGAAAAACCAUUCACUUGCAGCCAGUGCUCGGCUUGUUUCGCUGGAAAAGGAGAUUUAAAACAACACAUGCGAACACAUACCAGUGAAAAACCAUUCACUUGCAGCCAAUGCUCGGUCUCUUUCGCUCAAAAAGGACCGUUAUUAAAUCACAUGCGAACACAUACCGGUGAGAAACCAUUCAGAUGCAGCCAUUGCUCGGUCUGCUUCAUAGAAAAAGGAAGUUUAAUACGGCACAUGCGAACACAUACCGGUGAAAAACCAUUCACUUGCAGCCAGUGCUCGGCUUGUUUCGCUGGAAAAGGAGAUUUAAAACGGCACAUGCGAAGACAUACCUGUGAAAAACCAUUCACUUGCAGCCAAUGCUCGGUCUGUUUUGCUCAAAAAGGAACGUUAUUAAAUCACAUGCGAACACAUACCGGUGAGAAACCAUUCAGAUGCAGCCAUUGCUCGGUCUGCUUCUCUGAAAAAGGAACUUUAAAACGGCACAUGCGAACACAUACCGGUGAGAAACCAUUCACUUGCAGCCAGUGCUCGGCUUGUUUCGCUGGAAAAGGAGAUUUAAAACGGCACAUGCGAACACAUACCGGUGAGAAACCAUUUACUUGCAGUCAUUGCUCGGCCCGUUUUGCUCAGACACAACAUUUAAAAUUCCACAUGCGAACACAUACCGGUGAGAAACCAUUCACUUGCAGCUAUUGCUCGGCUUGUUUCGCUAGAAAAGGAGAUUUAAAACAACACUUGCGAACACAUACCGGGGAAAAACCAUUUACUUGCAGCCAUUGCUCGGACUGCUUCGCUCUAAACGCAACUUUAAUACGGCACAUGCGAACACAUACCAGUGAGAAACCAUUCAGAUGCAGCCAAUGCUCGGUCUGUUUCGCUCAAAAAGGAACGUUAUUAAAUCACAUGCGAAGACAUACCGGUGAGAAACCAUUCAGAUGCAGCCAUUGCUCGGUCUGCUUCACUGAAAAAGGAACUUUAAAACGGCACAUGCGAACACAUACCGGUGAGAAACCAUUUACUUGCAGCCAUUGCUCGGACUGCUUCACCAAAAAAGGAGCUUUAAUACAACACAUGCGAACACAUACUGGUGGCAAACCAUUUAUUUGCAGCCAUUGCUCGGCUUGUUUCGCUCUAAAAGGAAAUUUAAUAGAACACAUGCAGACACAUACCGGACAGAAACCAUUUACUUGCAGCCAUUGCUCGGUCUGCUUCACUCGAAAAGGAAGUUUUAUACGACACAUGCGAACACAUACUGUUGAGGAACCAUCAAUUACUUGUAGCUAUCGCCCUGCACGUUUUGCUGAGUGAGGUAGUUUGAAACGACUCAUGUGAACAAACUCCGGUGAGAGACCAUUUACUUGUAUUGAUUGCUCGGCCGGUUUUUCUCAAAAAUAAUAUAUAAUUCGGCAUGUGAGCACGUUCUGGUUAGAAAUCAUUUUGUUGCAGCCAUUGCUCAGUGUGUUUCGCUGAAAUAGGAAA